AUGGCCACUUCCAAGAAGUUUCACACGCUUGUGGAAGUGCAACAAAAAGGAGGAAAAAUUUUUGAGGUCCUGGGAGACCCCACCGAGGUACCUAGCUGGUUCCACUCCCAAUACCUAAAGUGUCCUAGAGUGGUGUACCUGGAGGCGUGGCUGGUGGAAGCAAUGUUCGGCCCGGACGGAGAGAAAAUCCCGCAUGUCGAGUGUGUGACCCACACCGUGCUUCACGUGAAUUGGUGGAAUCCUGAAAGCGAUGCUAAGAUCUUGAUAUUUGGGAGGCCUAAUUUCCAACUGGAUGUAUUCGAGAUGAUCAGACACCUGGCUAACUACUUCCGUCUGCGCCGCGGGGUGCUAAGCUCAAAGAAAGCCGCUGCCCAGAUGGCUGAGACCCAGGAGACUGGGGCCAAGGAGGCUGAAACCCAGGAGACUGGGAUUCAGAGAUCUCCAGAUGAGAUUCCUGAGGCCGGGACCCAGCUGUCUCCGGACCUGAAAGUCCCAGAAGCCGGGACUCGGCAGCCUACCGAGGUAGCCCAGGACCUGGUUACCAGGUUAUGA